GUGGCGUCACGGGGCGUCGGUCGUGCGCAGGGCCGGGAGUUGGAGGACGGUCUCUGGGGUGCUGACCGGCUAGGCACCGCUGAAGAACCUCAGAACCUACAGCGGGCGGCCGCGAUGUCGGAUUCUGCGGUUAGCCGGCUGCUGGACAUAUGCCUUUGGUACUUUGUGAAUAACAUUUCCAGAUACAUCACAGAGAUUAAGCCUCUGCCUCCCAACAUAAAAGAUCGGUUUCUUAAAAUAAUGAGCCUAGAGGGACAGAUAACAGAUUCAAAUAUAAGCGAGAUUUUGCAUCCUGAAGCCCAAACCCUGAAUGUGGAAAACUGUGAGAUUUCGGACGCUGCCCUCCUGCACGUGUGUAACUGCAGGAAACUGAGACGGUUGAAUCUAAGUUCCCUCGAUGAAAAUAGAAUCUCCAUCACUUCGGAAGGAUUAAAAGCUGUGGCUUCAUCUUGUUCAUACCUGCAGGAAGUUUCUUUGAAAAGAUGCACCAAUCUCACCGAUGAAGGAGUCCUUGCUUUUGCCCGCAAUUGCCGGCUGCUAAAGCUAAUCAAUAUAGGCGGCUGCCUUGGGAUCACUGAUGUGUCCUUACAAGCACUGGGAGAAAACUGCCCACUUCUGCAGUGCGUUGACUUUUCAGGGACUCAGGUAUCUGAUAGUGGUGUAGCUGCGCUGGUUAGUGGACCUUGUGCGAAGAAAUUAGAGGAGAUUCAUAUGGGCUACUGUGUGAAUCUGACUGAUGAGGCUGUUGAAACUGUCCUCACUUGCUGUCCUCAAAUGCAGAUAUUCCUCUUCCAUGAGUGCCCCCUGAUGACAGAUCGUUCCCGAGAAGUCUUGCAGCGAUUAGUCGGCCCAAACAAACUAAAACAAGUGAUGUGGACUGUUUAUUGAUGUUCCUUGAAGCUUAUCAAGCCUUGAUCUCCAUGCUGUUUCCCGGGAAACAAUGGUCUAUAGAGCCAGGCUUGCCACUUAGCUCAGCUGCCCCCGACAUUUGUUGUCUUCUUUCAGGUUUUAACUGUGGGCGAGUGGGGGGUUGGGUGGGAUGAAUGACCCUUUUUCCACCUGGUAAGCCCAGCAUGGCCUCUAGCCUGUUUGGGGGUGGAAGACAUUAUGUGUGUUUCCUUAAUAAAGUUUUUCCUGUAUUUUCUCUGUAUCUAGAUAAUGUAAGCUGCUAUAAGAGAAAUUUACUUGUAUGGAUAAAGAGAAUCCUACCUAAGACUGUUAAAAGUAGAACUGACUUCCUGCUUUCCAGCUCCUUCCUUCCUGAUCUGUUUGACUGCCCAUUGGCC